AUGGAUUUCGUCUUCCCCGUUGAGACCGUCUCGCAAAAGGCCUUUAUCGCAUUGGCGGUGGUCUUUACUUUCAUUGCCACAGCAUCGCUUGGGCUGCGGCUUAUGGCCCGUCGGAUCAACCAGAGGGCGCUGGGUUUGGAUGACUACUUGGUGCUGUCGUCAUGGGUGCUUCUUCUCGGGUACCAGGGGAUUAAUAUCUCAGCCGUAAUAUACGGCGGCAUGGGAUUCCAUGCCAAGGAAAUCGAAACCAGAUUCGGCAUCGUGCCUGGUGAAUCAAGGUUCAUGAAGUACUUCCUUGCCAUGUCGAUAGUCUGGUGUGGUAAUCUCGCCCUCACCAAGGUCGCCAUCUUGGCACUCUACUGCAAGAUCUUUACCAUGCGCCCAUUCAUCAUUGCCGCUCGCUGCGCCACUGCUCUUGUCAUCUCCUGCACCACCAUCAUGGCCAUUGGAUCUUUGACCAUCUGCCGUCCCCUCGACUUUUUCUGGAACAAGACCAUCGCCGACGGCUACUGCGGCGACAUUUCAGCGCUAUGGAUUGCCACGGCAUCCAUCAGCCUCACGACCGACUUUAUCGUGCUCCUCCUCCCGAUGCCGCACCUGUACACGCUUGAGAUCAAGCGAUCCCUCAAACUCGCCCUCUUCGGCGCCUUCAGCUUAGGUGUUGUCACAUGCGUGAUCGGCGCCGUCCGCCUCUACAUGCUCGCACACUACGACCCGUCCGACCCGCCCUACAACGCGCUGCCCAUGAUGCUGCUGGGCUUCAUCGAGCCGGCCAUGGGCAUCACGCUGGGCUGCGUGCCCGUGCUGCGCCCGCUCCUGGACCGCCGCCACUCCAACGAGCGCGUCCGCAGCUCCAAGCUCAUCCCGCUCUCGUCCUACGCCGCCUCCACCGCCGGCGUCCAGUCCCGCGCCACCAGGUACCACCAGACCAUCGACAGCAGCUCCGAACCGCAGCUCUACCCGCCGCCGGGCGCCAUCACGGUCGAGAAGUCGUGGGACGUCUACAACUCCACUCCGACGCCGACCAGGGAGACGUGCUGA